AAAAAACUCAGAGGCCUUCAGGUUGGUACAAGUGGGGCUUAUUGAUCUUCAGGACUCAGCUCAAGCUCACAUUGUAGGCAUUCACUAUGCCAUGCCCUACAUAGGUCCCGAGGGACCGCUAGGACCUGGACUGCUCUUUCUGAAGGAGCCACUACAUUUUCAACCUCGCAUACUACCUAUUUGCCUGGAGAAGAGUCUGGAGCAAGUGAAAAAUAAACAACUCUAUGACUGCUGGCUACCCAGUUGGUCUCUUACGAGGGGAAAACCUGGAAUUUUGCAAAAAAGACACCUGAGCAUCCUGCAAGCCAGCACUUGUACACAAUUUGGGCCCGAGAUAAAUGAAUUAACUUUCUGUGUGGAAGCCAGGAACACUACUGGGGAGGCUGGCUGUAAGGGUGAUAUAGGAGCUCCUCUGGUGUGCCGCCUACAACAGAAGAACACCUGGGUACAGGUGGGAAUAUUGAUUUACUUUGAUGAACAUUGCCAAAAGCCCUACAUCUUCAGCCAAGUGAGCCCUUUCAUUUUCUGGCUCCAGGGAGUAACAAGGCCUUGCCAUGCACCCUGGUCUCAGCAAUGGUCCAUGAUUAACUCUGCUCCUACAUGCCUUUCAGUCUCUACCUCUGGAAAUGCUUCAGAGUUUACUUCUAGUUCAGCUUCUAUUCAGCCACACUUCAUUUCUCUACCACAGCCUCAGAGGAAGACCCAAGACAAUACUAGUAAAGAAG